GUUUUCUAUCUGCGUCGUCGCGCGCGCAUAGUUGCUUAUGACAUUCGAAUAAAAUGUUUAACGCGUAAAAUUGAACUCAGUAUCAAAAAAAGAUAUCGGGCAUCGGGAUGGUGAACGAAAAAGAAUUUUGGACGGAAGUUCGAAAGGAUAUACCACGAUACAAAAAAAGAAAGCCUCGAGUAGUUCCCGCCUUCACUAUUCAGGCAUUGCAGGAAAACACGGUCGUUGCGAAACCUCCGCGAUGUGGAUUGUAUAAACCUCGCCCGCCGAAACCAUCAAUUUUCCGAAAGUUUUACAAGCGCGGUGUAUUUCCUAUCUCUUUAGAGAACGACGGUUAUGAUCAAAAAAUUAAUUGGAAGGUAGACAUAGAAGAUUUGGAUUUCCAUCAUUAUUUGCCGAUGUUCUUCGAUGGAUUAACGGAAACGGAACAACCAUACAAGUUUCUGGUAGAGCAAGGAAUAUCAGAUAUGCUAGAGCGUGGUGGACCAAAGAUCUUACCCGUUAUUCCUCAAUUGAUUAUUCCUAUUAAAAAUGCUUUAAAUACAAGAAUGCCUGAAAUAAUCUGCACCACCAUGAAAGCCCUUCAACGUUUAGUGCAAUCGGCUGAUUGCGUUGGCGAAGCUUUAGUUCCGUAUUUUAGGCAAAUCUUACCUAUCCCGAACUUACUCAAAGACAGAAAUGUAAACCUUGGAGAGGGUAUCGAUUAUUCUCAGCAAAGAGGAGAGAACGCAGCAGAUAUUAUACAAGAAACGCUCGAAAUUUUGGAAAGAUAUGGUGGUGAGGAUGCCUUCAUAAAUAUCAAAUACAUGGUUCCCACGUAUGAAUCUUGUAUGAUGAAUUAAUUAGGCAGAAAAUAAAUCUUUUUUUAAAAGAUUUAUUAUUUAAAUUUUAAUUUAAUAAUUAAUAUUAAGUAAAAUGACAUACUCGUCUCAAGUUUUUUAUUAAAAAAAACUUUACUUUUUUUCUUUGAAAUAAAAAAAAAGUAAAAUUGAUAAUAAAAAUAACAUUCAUAUUAUAAAGCAUUUUGCCUCAGCAGAGAAAAGGUAUAACAGCAAAAAUGUAAUAUGGUUCGACGAUACAAUACUAUUUUUUUUUUUAAUAUAUUUAUACCUUUCCCGAAUCUUCUUUCAGUGUUACGGUGCGAUUAAAAACAAGCUGAAAUAAAAAAAUGAAGAUUAUUAAAUGCAAUAUA